AGCUCCUUGCAUAGCUGAGCCGCAAACAUCAGGGCCUGGCCUCGGCAAAGCACGGCGCCUGAGAUCUGGCGACCGCUGACAUCCAGCCGCGCCUCGCGGUCACGUCGUUCGAUCCCAUCUGUGACGGUGGAUCGGCUGUGUAGGUGACAUUGACGUGAUGGCUGCCGGGGCCUCAUACUCCUCGCUCCGCAAUGCGGCAGCAGGUGACGCUUCGCCUCCACGAGUGCGAAAUCGUCGGAGGACGAACACGCGAAGCCGCCGUCUUAGGCGCGCACUUCUAUUGAAGAACGCGAACAGCAGCGGAAGCCUGACCAGCAGCAAUGGUAGCGUGGGUCGUGCUGCUGCUGCUGCUGUCUCUGCCACCUUGCGAGCAAGGAAGGGCCGCGCAGCCCUUGGUCAAGGUACGGCCGACACAUGCGUCGAUGAGGAGGAGCAGCAGGCUUCUUCUUCGAAGGCAGACGACGUGAAGAAGCACAAGGAGUCGAGAACGCGUCGAUCCUUGUUUCUGAGACCCAUGACUCUGCCGAGAACGUUUAUGACCUCAUCGCGACGAGAUCAACAUCCAUCCGGUCGUAGUGAUGAGCAUCAUCACGAAGGUUCAUCGCAUCGGCCGCAAGGGCUGUCUCAGCCAUCAGCCGCAUCCAGACGCGCAACUCUUUCAUCAUCUGCCUUGUCUCAAGAUGGCGUCUCAAGGCACGCGCCCAUGGCAAACGAGGCGCCUGCUGCUGCAUCAGCUGCUCAUGCACGUCGUGCAGACGCUAGCGCGUCUCACCCAUCAACUGCCCAACUCCACCAGCAGCAGCAGCUUCAGGCGCAGCAGCAGCAGCAGCAGCAGCAGCAUCAGCCACAGUAUCAGCAGCGGCAGGCGCAGGACGAGCGUUCUGCCGUGGGCAGCGAAGCUUUGCGGCAUCCCGCUGCGAUGCUGACGCGGAGAUUAAGCACAACUUUCGCUCUUGGUGCUCGCACUUCCACUUCUUCACUCUCAUCACCCCAACCGUGCCGCGGGGCGCAAUCGUCCACCUCCCGUCAACAAGGUCAGAAGUCUCCCAUCUUGACCUCCACGCAGUCCGCAGGCGCUUCAAGUAAUUCCGCUCUGUAUUCUCCGCUCGCGCGCGUCACGGGACUCCCCGAUCCAAGCACCCACCACCGGCCUCCCUCACACGUCGCUUCGGGCCUUCCGAACUCGGCCUUCUCCUAUAUUGUAGGCCCCAACAUCGAUCAGCGCGGGGCACAGACAGCUGAAGGCUUCCGCACCAAUUGCUCGCCUAUCUCGCCGGACAUCGACACUUUCGCCACGCCAGUGCUCUCCCGCGCCGCCUCGACUUCACGACGCGGAUCAAUUCCGGGAAAUUCAUCGGACGUGUACGAGCCGAACCUGGUGCAUGGGAUCUGGUCAGCGAAUGCUAGGCAUCCGACGUCGCUUCCUCCCCCGCCUCGAAGCCCCUCUGGGUCCGCAGGCCGACGCCGUGGAGAGGAGCUGAGGAGAGCCAGUCAAAUCAGCGAACUGGACCUCACCAGGCCGUUGAGCGGUACCAGUCUCAUUGGAGUACUUGCCACUGCAUCUGAUCAUCCGCCAGCUCGUACAUCAGCGGGAACUUCAGUCCUUCAUCCUUCAUCCUUUCGAUCGCGCCCGAGCGUGCUGCCAAAGUCGGAAAGCAGCAACUCUCUCGCUGCUGUACUUCAGGGUCUUGGCGUAGGCGGAGGCAGCGGCGCUGAGGUUACGGAAGCAAAGCCGGGGCAGUCCAACAGAGCCCCUCGCAGGGCCACCGUAAGUCACUCGCCCUCGCCCGCCACACCCUCAGUAGCGAGCGCCUCGGGCGGUCCGCUCGCGCAGCUUAGGGCCCUUGCUCCGCGAGAUACCAACGCGCAGCGAGCCAUCGUACCAACUUCUCAGCGUUCGCACCCAGGGCACUAUACCACGCGUCAGCAGCGAUCCCACUCGUCGCCAGUGAAAGUGCGACCCUUUUCGGCCCUUGAAGCUGACGUUUUCUGGCAAGAGCCUCGCAGCGGUGUUCGGCUUCGAGAGAUUGGACGCGACGACCGAGCGCCCAAAGCUCUCGCGCAACUUGCAAGUACCGGCAAAGGAACUGAUUCGCACCUCGAUCCCGAAUUUGUGCCGCCUAGUUGGGCCACUGCACUCGACGACAGCCCAUCAAGCGGCCCCAAGCGGGUCGUUGCGCUAUUUGGCCGCCCAGACGGGUCUCCGCGUCAUCUUCUGGGUACGAGCCGGGCUGCAGUAGAUUCGUAUCUGCCAGACCGCAGAGAUCAUCAAGACGACCACCUGCAAGGCGCUUCCGUACCAGCCCCUCGGUCGUCACCAAGCACUUCGCGUCUGCAUUUGUACUCGAACAGGCGACCGGCCUCCGUUUCCCAUCUGGGUCGCAACGUGCUUUCGCCCUCCACGCCGCCGCAUCCUAGCCGACUUCGUCAUCGUCGCACAUUCUCAGAUCCCUCUCCAUCACCAUCUCCGCCUCGACAAGGCUCUCGAAGCGACUUGGUACCCGUUGGUCACGCGUCAGCAACCCAUCAGAGGCUGUCUGGUCCUGAGAACGUACCGGCCCCAGUUACAAAGCAAGCGCGGCCUCAGUCCCAUCCACCAGCUCACCUGAACAGGAACCGCCAUCGCAAGCGGGAUUCGGGCUCAAGUUCGCUGCUGCAAGGCCGCCUCUUCAGCCUCUUUUUGCCAUCGCGCUCGGAAAGCAGGAGCACGCGAGCAGGCACGCCCCCGACCUCCCCGUCACAGCGGGACAGCAUCGGCAUGGCGGUCGCUGCUAUGGCUCCAAGCCAAAUGCCAGCUUCUUCUGGCAAUGACGCCUCGCGCCCAUCACGCAGCGUCUCUCUUAGCGGACCAAGCAAGGGCGCCGGUCUCUCGACUCGCCCACGAGGUGGCUCCAACGCUUCCAGAAGUGGCUUGCCUCGGCUCUUGAGCUCUCCGUCCGGCUCCACGUCAGCCACAGGCUCCGGGCAUCCCAGCUCACAACAUCCAUUGCUGCGGGCACCGAGUCGCUCCUCAAUCGUAGAUCAUACGCACGCUACGAAUGCCAGCCUGACCCUGCACAUGCCCGAGCGCGAUAUCACGGCUGCGCCACCACCCGUGAUAGAGGAGGAAAAUUCUCCCCCUGCAGCUUCGCGAAUCAACGGGCGAUCAAUGCAGCAGAGAUCAGUGGUGCGUGGGGAAGGCAAGCGGGCAGAAAGCGAAGGUGCCAGCUUAGGCAAAAGAGACAAGGCUGCAGUAAGGGAGGAGCUAAGAAGCAUCUCCUCUCGCAAAUCGCCACGCGCAGAAGCAGCUGCAUCACCUCGUAGCACGUCUGGAUUCUUGUCCAUGAAGCGUAUGUUUGGACGAAGUAAGUCCACCUCUGUCAGCAAUGGAACUCGGACGGACCCUUCGCGGGGCUCUGCCACUGCACAGUCGCGUCCCGAGGGAUUGCCAGAGGAGUCAAGCGAGUUCGGUGGUCUGAGCGAUGAUCACAAAUCCAAGGGGAACAGUGGCUCGACACGAACGUCGCGUGACUCGUCCAGAAGCCUAAACAGCAGAGGCCUCUUUUCCUCCUUUCGCUCUCGCGACUCGCCCCGCCGCAAUAAGAUGGAGCUGAGUGCCGCCGAGAAUAAUGGCCAGAGAUCGACACGAGUGGGGUCCGAAGCUGCUCCAGCUGCCGCUUACGCCGCUCGUGCCACCCUGAGCCCGGCCAUGGAAGCGCCGCUCCGAAACGGUGGGCGUAGAAGUUUAGACUCGGUGACCAGUAGUCACGUUGGCCAGGCGGAUAGGGAAGGCUUUGCGCGGUCGACGACACCGACUUUCGCAAACACCGGCGUACACGCUGCUGGACCCAGCAGAUCCCUGACAUUGCAAGCGCUGUCGAGCGCUUCGACCUCACCGUAUGGUUCGCUGGCCUCUGAACAGGUUAAAUACCCCAGCCGAGCUCAGACCUCCUUCUCCGAUGCGCUGCUUUCGAGACAGAGCACGCCUGUUGGGGUCAUGCAGCGCGAUGCGAGCGCAUACAGCACCUCUACCGAUGAAGGAAUGGGCAUCGCACUUACUGCAGGCUCCUCAACAGAUCUCCUCACUAAUUCGUACGGCACUCAAGCGUCUCGAGAUCCAAGGCCAGCUGUGCCGAAGAUGUGGCAGCUUUCUCGAUCGUCGCGGAACAUGGGAGACAUGGAGGACUCUGAGGAACAGCCAGAAGAGGCUCGCACUGCUGCUUUGGCCUUCCCCGACUCGCACGGAGAAGGGUCGCGCAUAGAUGCGCAUUCCCGCUUCACAACCAUGACGUCCAUCGCUUCAUACCGCACUGCGACGUCAGGAUACGCAGAUUCUCGAAGAGGAGAUCUGUCUACGAUCGCAGACACCUCACGCGGGGACUCUACGGGCAGCCGUGGCGUUGCUUCAAACACCGCACCCAGCACACAAGAUUCGGCUGCUCUAUCUGAUCUCAUCACGAACUUGCAGCGAGGAGAGCGCUCGCCGAACAUCGCUUCGUUCUCAUCCAGCGCUGAACGCGGUCACGCGGCGCCAGCAAUUGCCGCAGGACCCUCGCCGACCCCACAGCUCACCCCUGCGAGCUCAGAGCGGGAGGAAACCAUGCGCCGCAUUUCAGAUGAAACAUCUUUUGACAGUCCUUCAGUAGACUCGGCGCAUCGGCGAAGGAACACUUUCGGUGGCGGACCCGAGGCGGCUGCCACAGGAUGGCGAACAGAACGCUCGACGCGCGACUCUUCUCAAAGAGAUCGUGUGCGUGACCUCGAAAACAAUAGGGAAUCGAUCGGCGAGGCUCGCGCGAUCUCACCUAAUUUGGAGGCUUCCCUGUCUCGCCGCGACUUGUCAGUCCAAGAAAUUGAAAGCGACCUCGCAGCAGUGGAGAGAGCUUUGCAGGACCACAGCAUCGCAGGAAGUUUCGACCCUUCCUCUCUGCGGCGCAGGAUUGGCCCGCCAAAUCACCCGGAGACAUCGAUGUCCUUGCGGUCGCUAACAAGAGAAGGUGCGCCUGAAGAUGCGAGCGAGGGGUCGUUCGCGGGUCGCGUAACCCUACCUCCGGGCUCGGAACUCGCAAUCGCAAACGCCGUGCGCGACGUGAGACGAGCCAUCAGCUCAUCACAUCUACCAAGAAUACCCAGCGAGUCGGAUGUUGGACCGGCGGGGGCCACCGACUUGCCUUCAAGCCGGAGCGGCCCCUUGUCCCCAGUCACACAACGCUCGCAGCACGAGUCCACGCCCACGAGAAAUGCUCGAGUACGUCAGGAAUCGAUGCAAGAUGUGGAAGCUGCAUACACACGAAUGUGCGAGCUCGUGGCAUCAGCGGCUGGCAUCGUCGCUCCGUCACCCCAUCUGGGGGACGUGUCGUGGAGACGUCGCUCUCAACCACAACCUCCUGUUCGCGAGCCUGCAAAGGCCGAUUAUCGGACAAGGGUGCAGAGUUUGACCGCACUGUCGGCCCACGGUCAAAGUCUUGCACAGCAGCAGGCAAUGCACAAUGCUCGAGCAACGCGCCAGCAACUGCUGCGUGACGCAGAUGCGCUGUCGCGCAUACGGACAGUGCCUGAGGAUUUGGAGGCUUCAGAGCAUGCUGAACUACGAGGACGCUCGAGCAAUCUCUCGACCUCGUCUCGUCGUGCAAAUUCAGAAUCCCCUCAACGCCGCGUUGCCACCCGAGACCAGCGUAUCGUGAAUGGUACGAGAAGGCAGUCGCAUGGUGGUUCUGCCAGUGCCCACCCCACUCGCGUCAGCAUCGAUGCGCCCGAGUCGAGCACUGCAACGUUGAAGCGCUUCAGCAACGAGCCGGCAAACUCACAAGGAAGCGGAUCGGGAGGCACUGGUGCGUUCAGUACCUCUCCCUCUGCGACCAUCAAAACGCAAGGUACGCCACGUUCUCAAGAGGUCGAGAGCGGCCGACACAGCUCAGAAUAUGGAUCUACGAAGCAGUCUCCUCGCAACACGCGCGGCCGAGGAUCAAGCCGACCGUAUGAGCAGGGCGCUGAUGUUCGCGCACGUUUGCAAGGCCAUUCGCGUCACAACUCCACCGCCUCCUCGCAGCAAGCCGGGGAGCCGUUUCCGACAUUUGAGGCACGUCCCUUGGCGUUGGGGUCUUCCUUCCAAGAUUCACGCAGAGCUGCUGACGACACGAUGCGAAAGGCUCGUGCUCAGCUUGCUUCCGCUUCUAAUCGCAUCAGCGGCGUCACAUCUCCAACCUUAGCUUUCGCUGGAUACCGCAGACCAGAUUCUGGCUCAGUGCGCGACUGGACGACUGAUGUAGGCGCCGCGCGCUCGGCGAGUCGCGCGAGCAACGCUAGCUUGGGACUCAGCUCCACGCUUCUAGCACGAAGUCUUGCUCGCAUGGGAGAUGGUCGUGGCACUUCGUCUGCGCGUCAAGGCUCACAAGAAGGCAAUGAUAGCUUCACAGGCGAUCAGCUCCGAGGCCUUGCUUCGCCUGCUCCGUCGACGCUGAGCGCCAUGCAGCGACGUCAUGCGCUGGAGCGCGACAGCUUGAUGGACAUGCUCGAUCGUUCUCGGCAGGAAGGCGCCGAGCUUCGGAUCCAAAAUGAGCAGCUUAGGGGAGAUUUGCACCAGGAAGUCACGCGAGUCUUGGAGUUGGAGCGCAAUUUGGAGCGUGCCGCGCAAAGAGAAGGCGACCAGGAAAUCAGGAUUCAAAGUCUCGAGGACGAGCUCGCAAAGGAGCGACAAGAUCGUGUCAGAAUCAGCGAGCUGCUAGAAAACGUUCAACAGGCUCUGGACUCCGCCGCCAACGCUCGAGAGGCGAGCAGCGCCUUCAGCCCGACCGCGAGCUCAAUGAGCAUCGUGCAAGAGGAUCUUCAGCCAAUUUCUCACCGCGUCUUUGACAACCCUAGCGUCCUUGCACCAGGACCACCGAUCGACCACGAGGAUAGCUUGCUUCGCCGGCAAGGCUUCACUUCCAGCGCCCAAUUUGACAGCCGCGGCUCUAAUGGACGUCCUUCGUCUACGGUGCCUUCUAGUGAAGCAGAAGUGCCCCACAUCAGCAGGUCGAACAAGUCCCCCAGUCUGGAGUCCAUGCCCAGCGCGCUAGGUCUGGCCGUUCGAGAGCAUGAGAUGACAUGGUCGCUCGAGGACGAGGAGCCUUUGGAAGGAGCCUUCAGCGACGCCGACGAAGAACGGUUGACAGGGGAUGGGAAUGGUAGUGGACGACCAUCCAGCUUCCGCAGGCGUGCCCCUGGCCAGGACCGCCAGGCUUCUUUGGGCUCAAUAAGCUCCAAUGGCAAGCUCGCCGCUCCGGUCGCUCGGCGCCCUGGCCAAGGCGACGCGCUGGUGAAAGCGCUUACCCACGGCUCACCGUCGUCACCUCGCACGAGCUAUCAGCCUAGCAAGCGGACGACUCUGCCUGCCUCUUUAUCAGGCCCCUCGAUCCCGGCAUCUUCAAGCGGCACUACGGUGCAAGGCGCAGGUCUUUCAAGCUCAGCGACCGUCUCGGCAUUGCCCCAGAGCAACAGUCGACGUUCAGGCCUAGCAGAGCGCUUUGGGUAUAAAGGACCUGUCUCGACCGUCAGUCCUCGGCAGUCGAUGCAGCAACCCUCCACGCGCUCCCCCACCACGCGCAAAGUCUCCGCCGUUUCGGCCAACAGCAGGUUUACGGGCACAAGCGGUGGUGACACAAGCUGGACAGCACGCUCGUCGACACCGGACAAUUUGGAUUAUGACCCUAUGCGUCUCACCGCUGCGCAAAGCCGGCUGCUGGACGACUCGCAUUGACGUGGCAUUGUACUACAUCUCUUACCCCUUCUGACUUUCAUUGGAUCAUUCUUGGUUGUGCAACAUUGCUGCUGUCCUCUUUCACAUCAGAUUUGUCGACACUCCGCGUCAAUCAUCGCGAGAAAUCUCAUCCAAUUGCGUUUG